AGGGCCUAACUAUAGUUUACCAAACUUAAAAAGAGGCAAUUGCAAUUUAUCCAUCUUAGAAUAUGCUGUUGCCCUUUGGAUUUUCAGCAUGAAAGCUUUCCUCUUUAGUUUCUUCCAAACACCCCAUUGAGAAAGCAGAACUAAUUAGCCAUCAGUUUUUGCAGAUUAUUGUUGGCAAUCAUUUAAUAACAUGCCUCCAAAUGGCAAAAGGCAACAGUUAUCUCCCCCCGAUGUACUUAGCAACAUUCUCGAGAGUGUAAUGGAUGACAUCCUAAUGAGAUUGCCUUUACGAGAUGCUGUAAGGACAAGCAUCUUAUCGAAGAAAUGGAGACAUAACUGGUGCAGACUUCCACAAUUGAGGCUUGAUGAAGCACUUUGGAAAACUAAAAGGGAUCUAACAGACCUUACAAGUAACUUUACAAAGAUUAUCUACCACAUUUUGACCCUUCAUGCAGGACCAAUUACAAAGUUUACCCUCUCCAUUCCUCAUUUGGAUGGCUGUCCUAAUAUUGACAACUUUUUUUAUUUCCUCUCUAGGAAUGACACUCAGCAUCUUGUUCUUGAACUCCCAACCGGGGGUAACCGAUACAAAUUGCCUUCUUCAUUUUUCACAUGUUUGCAUUUGAGGCAUUUGACUCUCAAUAACACUUUAUUUCAUCCUCCACCAGUCUUUAAGGGAUUUGAGAGGUUAAUUAGCCUAGAAUUAAGUAAUGUCACAAUUUCUUCUGAGUUGCUUGGAAGUUUAAUCUCCCAUUGCCUGUUGCUUGAGCAUUUGGUGCUGAAAGACUCACAUGAUUCAAACCCCAUAGAAAUUAGUGCUCCCAAGCUGAGGUCAUUUGUCUUAUCUGGCAAAAUACAUUUGAUACAUCUAAAGCAUGUCCCUCUUCUUUCCAAUGUUUCAUAUGAGCCUACAGAAUUUUCUUUAGAGACAGAACAUGAUCUUGCCAAGAUUUUUGAGUCUAUUCCUGCUGUUGAGAAUCUCCGCUGGGAAUUCAGUAACCAGGACGCGAAUCCUGGACCGAUUGAAGUAAUACCAACAAGGCUUCCGUAUGCUCUUAACUGCCUAAAACGCCUUUACCUAUCUCGGAUUUUUCUGCAAGAAUUCUUUGAGUUUUCAUUUGCUCUUUGCUUGAUAAGAAGCUCCCCAAAUUUAGAAGAAAUUGAAAUUGAGGCCUGCGCUAGUAGCGAUGAGGACUUUUGUGAACCUGUGCCUCGGGAUGCUAUUGAUGAGAUUCCUGCAAGCUUCUCAGAUAUGACAUUUAAUCACUUGAGGACAGUUACGAUUUACGAUGUAGCAGGAGGAAGGGCUGAAAUGCAGCUUAUCAAGGUUUUAUUGGCCAAGUCUCCGGCACUGAUUAGAAUGGUAAUCAAGCCCUGUGGAAUGGAAGAUAAAAAAUCAUUCAAAAUACUCGCGGAGAUAACAAAAUUUCAGCGGGCGUCAUCUAAAGCAGAAGUUGUGUAUAAUGUAGAUUAGUAUCCAUAUCACAUUCCUGCUUGAUCUUCACGAGUCUUUAAUCCUACAAUGAUCUUUGGCUAAAAUGUUUGGGAAGUUGAAGGUGUAAAUAAAAACGAAUGUUGAUGCAGCAGUAAGGCUGUGUUUUGCCUCUGCCACUGUGAAGACUAUCAGUUUGGUUCUUUAGGAACAUAAGUGAAUCUGCAUAGAUGUUUUUGACUAACCUGUUUAAUAACAUUAAACGAGAAAUAUUUUUUACAUUUCAUAUCUGUUCUGGAAAUAUCUGUGAAAUGAGACUUCGGUUAUUUAUUUCAAAGUUAUGUUGUGUGUUAAA